AUGGCUGCUACUGGAUCUUUCCGCAUGGUGUCAGAGGAGGAGCAGGCCAUGAGGUCUAAGCUGGAGCAUUUGACAGUGAAGGAUCAUGGGCCGGUGUUUGGGCCGUGCCACAAACUGCCUGGACACACUGUGCAAAAGGCGAAGGAUGAGCUGACUGAGACGGAUGAGAGGCGGGCGUCGUCUCUGAAGGACCUGCGGACCAUGAUGAAGGAGAGAGCAGCGGGGGGAGACGACCUGGCCAAACUGGUGCUGGAGCGCUUCAGGGACCAACCAGACUCUCUGAUGCUGCGCUUCCUCAGAGCUCGCAAAUUUGAGGUUGUCAGAGCCCACGAGCUCAUGAAGGGUUAUGUGCGCUUCAGGAAGGAGUAUCCGGAGCUGUUUGAGAACCUGACCCCUGAGGCGGUCCGCAGCACCAUCGAGGCGGGUUACCCUGUGGUUCUCCCCAGCAGGGACAAGUAUGGCCGGGUAGUCCUGCUUUUCAACAUCGAGAACUGGGACCUGGAGGAGAUCACAUUUGAUGAGAUCUUAAGAGCGUACUGUGUGAUCUUGGAGAAGUUGUUGGAGAAUGAAGAAACCCAGAUCAAUGGCUUUGUCCUGAUUGAGAAUUUCAAGGGCUUCACCAUGCAGCACGCCUCAGGAAUAAAGCCGGCUGAGCUCAAGAAGAUGGUGGACAUGCUGCAGGACUCUUUCCCUGCCCGUUUUAAGGCGGUCCACGUUACUCACCAGCCCUGGUACUUCACCACCACAUACAACGUGGUCAAACCCUUCAUGAAGAGCAAGCUGCUGGAGAGGGUAUGGAUGGAGGAAUAUCAACCCUUUAAUCUGAGUCAGACAUUCAGUUUUAUCCCAUUUUGCAUCAGUCAUCUCCUCUGA